UGAAGGGGAGGGCGGUUGGAGAGGGGUGACGAGUGGAGGAAGGGGGUAGCGAGAGAGAGAGCGGCCGAGUGAGUCGCCACCAUGCAGGCAGAGAAUCGCACUAAACGCGGGUAGCAUGGCGGAGGGACCCAGGUGCAAACGGCGAAAGCAAGCGAAUCCGCGGCGGAACGGUGUGAGUAACUUGAGUAAUGCAGAGACUGGCUCAGACUCGGAUGAUGAGGACCGGCUCCAUAUUGCGGAGGAUGACGCCCUGUCCAGCAUCCCUCCAUCUCCUGGGGGCACCAAUGGCACCGCCAACGGCCUAGUCACCGUGAAACAGGAGUGCUGCUCUGGAGAAGAUGACGGAGAGGGGGAGGAGCUAAUCCAAAGAGGAGAGACACCCAGCAAUGACGAGAAUGGAUCUCCAGACUCGUUCUCCCAGCUGCUCACAUGCCCAUACUGUUCCCGUGGUUACAAGCGUCACACCUCGCUGAAGGAGCAUGUGAAACUCCGUCACGAGAAGAACGAUGAUAACUACAGCUGCACACAAUGUUCCUACACCUUCAGUCAGAAAGCACAGCUUGAACGUCAUAUGAGUGCUCACAAACACGGCAGAGACCAGCGUGUGUUAAGCCAGUCAGGUGGAAGCAGGAAGUUUAAGUGUUCCGAGUGUUCCAAGGCCUUUAAGUACAAGCAUCACCUCAAGGAGCAUCUACGCAUCCACAGCGGAGAAAAGCCCUAUGAGUGCUCUAACUGUAAGAAGCGCUUCUCCCACUCUGGCUCUUACUCCUCCCACAUCAGCAGUAAGAAAUGCGUCCCGCCCUCCGUAACCCCCACCAACGGCCUCCAACGGCCAAUAGGAGCUGCCAAACCCAACCAGACCACACCCCCUAAACCCCAGCCCCCGCCCCCAACCCGUCUGCUUCUCAGGGAGAAGGUAGAGGUGGGACCGACGCAGGAACAGCGGCCAAUCAAACAGCUCAAAACAGAACCAGCCGAGGUGGAGAGCAAACCCGUUGUCACGGUGACGGGGGGCGUGGCCCCUCCCCCUUCUCAACAGGGCGUGGUCCAGACUUUGGUCCUGCCCACCAUGGGACUGGUUCAGCCAAUCAGCAUCAACCUGAGCGACCUGCAGAGCGCGCUGAAGCUGGCGGUGGACAGAGGGGGCGCCGUGGUGAGGCAGGUGCUCGCGGGCGGCGCCGCUAAUGGCAUGGGCGCCACAAAGGUCAUAGGUCAGGGGCCUGGGGGGCCGCGCACACAGACGCUUCUGGUGCAGAACCCCCAGAAUCCUCAGCUGCUGUCGGCCAUCUCACUGCCCAUGUUGGAGCAUGACGGCACCACCAAGAUCAUCAUCAACUACGGCGCCACUCACGCCAGCAUGGCACCGGCCCCAGCGCAGACGGGCACAGCCCAAACUGCUCAGACUGGCACGGGUCAAACAAGCUCUGGAGCACCGGGUCAGACUUUAGUUCAAACUGGUCCAGUGCAAACCAGCACGGGCCAAACUGGUCCAGUUAAGACUGGCACAAGUCAAGUGGGCACAGGUCCGACUGUGCCCGCUAAGCCGAGCCCAACUCCAGUCAGUGCCAGCGUGCCCAGUGCUGCCCCGUCGGGCCCUGCCCAGUCUGGUGCGGCAAAACCCGGCUCUGUGACGGUGGUUCCACUGAGCCAGUCCAGCGCCACCGGAACCCAGGCCCAGGCCCAGGCGGCACCGCUCCAGAUCCGGCCCUCUCAGUCGGGCCUGGUGCAGCUCAGCCUGGUCCAAACCAGCCCAGGACAAGGCCCUGUGGUCCGACCCACCUUGGCCCAGCUAGCUCCAGCGCUGACCGGUCCAGCAAAGCUGCUCUUGGCCCAGACGACGGGGACCAGAACCGCUACCAGGCUGGUGCGGAUCAUUCCAGCUCUGGUUCCAGCUCCGCAAGGACCCCUCCAGAACGCCGCCAAGCCCAAACCCCCAGAACCAGAACCGCAGGGGGACAGCACCGCCUCGGAACCGCAGAACAACAACACCACUGAACCGCAGAACCCAGCGCUGGUGGUGCAGGUCAAAGUGGAACCGGGGGAGCCUGAGGGCGACGAGCCGGCAGACGGACCGAAGCAAGCAGAGGAGGCGGAGGAGGAAGAGGAGGAGGAGGGGACCUCGGCACAGUGCCCUCUGUGUGAUGACGGCUUCCCCGACCCGCUGCGUGAGCUCCAGAGCUGUCUCCGUGACGACGGCCCGGCGGGGUCAGGGGGCGUGUCUCUGCGGAGUCUCCUGGCUCUCCUGAAGGCGUACAGCGCGGCGAGCAGCCCCAGCGAAGAGCAGCUGAGUGGGGCCGCCAGCGAGGCCCGGCUGCCCCUCCCCGUGGUGCGCCGCUGGUUCUCCCGCAUGAGGACCGCCGGGCAGGACACACACACACACGCCCACACACACACGCGCUCGCGCUCACGCACACGCACUCAAUACACCACACACACCGACUCCACACGUGAGAAACACACUGCAAACACACCCACGAUGCUCACCAGCGCCCCCACAGCAGACCCACAGCAGGCGAUAUCCCUGGCCAGCCCCAGUCAGGACCCCCCUCCAUGCUCGGAACCCCAGGACUGUGGGCCUACUCUUAGCUCCAGCCCCGGCCUGAGCGCCACGCGUGCCCCCCUGCCCUCGCCAGCCGCGCCCGCAUCUCCGCUGGACCUGUCGGCCGCAGGGCUGCUCAUCGUCAAGACGGAGCUGGACUCGGAAGGCGAGAGCCAGGCCGAGCCGCUGGACCUUUCCCUGCCGCGCUCCGCGCUCCUCCAGGCUAAUGCUAACGCUAAUGCUAGUGCUAGCAUGCAGCAGGAGCCGCUCAACCUUAGCCGCAUCAAGAAGGAAGAGGAGCCUGCCACAGUGCUGUCACCCAGCAACCACGACAACAACAACAAUAACCGUGUUACAACUCUUGCUGUGGCGACGACCGCUGCUGCCCCGGUCGCCACAACAACAACAACCAUCUACUUGAGUCCACAGACGGUGGCACCGCUCAAUAUCGCCUUGGCAACGCGGCUGGUGGCCAUCGCCGAACCUAGGGCCGUCCCAUGCCUACCGUCUGGUGUUGUCACGGCGGCAGCCAAUCAGAAGCGCACCAUUCUCAUCCCUCAGUUGACGUACACCUACACACCCAGCAACACGCAUAACACCGUCAUCCUUAACGGAGACCAGGAAGACAGAGCAGACUCUGCCUCUGGUGUGUCAGUAGGGGAGGAGCCAAAUGACACAGACUCCACCCCUUCCCCCAAAAAGAGGCGUGUCCAGGCUGGGCAGUACGCAUGUGAUCUGUGCGACAAGAUCUUUCAGAAGAGCAGUUCACUCCUGAGGCACAAAUAUGAACACACAGUCAGAUGGGUAGCUAGCUCCAAGGUGACGUGGAGGUUGAAACCUGCGUUCGUUCUACUCAGAAAGGCCUUCAAACACAAGCACCACCUGCAUUUCGAGCACUCGCUGCUCUGGUGGAAAGCCCCUGGGGAGAAGCACGACUCACGGCAGCUCGCCCACUCCCUCCUACUCCCAGCACAUGGGCCACCCCUUCUCUCACCUCCUCGCUGA